UUGCUCAUGAAAAAACUGGUUUGGGGGGAGAGGAGAAACAAGCCAACAAAAAUAACUGAACUGUAUUAAUUUAUUUCUAGACUUUUAUGGACUCUACUCCAGCGCUGAUCUUUACAUGGAAAUAACAGAAAAUUCCAAGAAAUGGAAGCCGCUGCUAGUAAAAGAAGAAAAGCUGAGUAUCAUCAGGGUUAAUAGCUCCUAUUUGAGAUCCAUGAAUGAUUACAGAGUUACUUUUCUAUAUCGAACUUUCAAGUUUCAUUAAUAAUAUGCUGCCUCUCCAGGACAUAGGUGCACUCCUUGUACGAAGGUUAUUUAUUCAUCACAUGGAAUAGAAGAGCUAGAGGAACAAUGGCUUCAAAAGUCUCGUGCUUAUACAUUUUGACAGUUGUUUGUUGGGCAAGUGCUCUUUGGUACUUAAGUAUAACUCGUCCUACUUCUUCCUACACUGGCCACAGACAGGUCAGUAGCAUAUCCAUAGCCAGAAAAAACGUUUCCUUUGGCAACAUAAGAACUCGACCUAUAAAUCCACAUUCCUUUGACUUUCUUAUCAAUGAACCCAACAAAUGUGAGAAGAGCAUCCCUUUUUUGGUCAUUCUCAUCAGCACAACUCACAAAGAGUUUGAUGCAAGGCAAGCCAUUCGAGAAACAUGGGGAGACGAAAACAACUUUAAAGGAAUUAAAAUCGCCACACUAUUUCUUCUUGGAAAAAAUACAGAUCCUGUGUUAAAUCAAAUGGUAGAGCAAGAAAGCCAAAUUUUUCAUGACAUUAUCGUGGAAGAUUUUAUCGACUCUUACCAUAACCUCACUCUGAAAACGUUGAUGGGGAUGAGGUGGGUAGCGACGUUUUGUUCGAAAGCAAAGUAUGUUAUGAAGACAGACAGUGAUAUUUUUGUAAAUAUGGACAAUCUUAUUUAUAAGCUGCUCAAACCUAACACUAAGCCAAGGAGAAGGUACUUCACUGGUUACGUUAUAAACGGAGGACCAAUAAGAGAUGUUCGCAGUAAGUGGUACAUGCCGAGAGAUUUGUAUCCCGACAGCAAUUACCCACCCUUCUGUUCAGGCACUGGCUACAUUUUUUCAGCUGACGUAGCAGAACUGAUUUACAAAACCUCCCUCCAUACCAGACUUCUUCAUCUUGAAGAUGUGUACGUUGGACUUUGCCUUCGGAAGCUGGGGAUUCACCCCUUCCAAAACAGUGGCUUCAAUCACUGGAAAAUGGCCUACAGCUUGUGCAGGUACCGCAGGGUGAUCACAGUACACCAGAUAACACCAGAAGAAAUGCACAGAAUUUGGAAUGACAUGUCCAGCAAGAAACAUCUUAGAUGUUAAGAUUUUUACAGAUGUAAAUACCUUUUUUUUUUAAUUUUGGUUUAGUCUGGUUAUUUUUUGACAAAGUGAUCUGCUGAUUUACAAGUUAAACUGUGGGAUAUUAACUGUGAGAAGAUUUUUAUGACUGAUUUUUCAUUCUCGCUUUGACUACUGGUUUACAAACUUCAGGCUCUUUUUGGUAAGGACAUUACACCAACCUAAAGGAACUCGAGUCAAAUCUCAGAUUUUGUAUAUGAUCUGUCACACAUAUCAGCUCUUGCAUCUGUGUGUAAAAGGACAGUAAUAAGCUAUUAUGAGCUGGUUAACAGUUCAUGCCCCAGCCUCUGAGAUAAGACUCAGACCAUAAGAAACUUUUAUUCUUUUCUGACACCCUACAACCAUCUCUGUUUAGAGCUUUGUUAAUAAAUUAGGCAGUAUACAUUUGCACUGAAGUUAUAUACCUACCUUGACAUGUAUAUUCUAAAGUACAAUGUGUGUAAUUCCCAAAUAGCUUACUGAUGGUGUAAUAGCAGAAUUUAGACAGGUAAAAACAUCAGAGUCCCAUUGGCCUUAGAAACAAACCCACACACUGAAAUAUAUUUUCAUCUACCAAAUGGUAUUUCUUUAAUUUAUUUCAGAAGACACCCCAUUUCUUUACACUUUCUAAAAUAGCCCAUAAAAGAUGUAACACAAUUUAAAAAUGAAGUAGAAUCUAUAGGAGAAAUAAUACAGGGGAGAUGUAUGAAAAAUUAUCUUAAAGAUACAUGAGAAAAGUAUGACUAUCUUAACUUCUAAUUUCAAAGCAAGGUAAUGUCUCUCAUUAGUAUCAAAAUGGAUUCUCAACUAAACAUCUGGCGUAGCAAUACCUAAUUAUAUUGAAUGCUAAAAGUAUCAAUAAGCAGCAUAUUUCUUCAAUGUCAGUCAGUGCCAUAUUUACCUAAAAAAAGUAACACGAAAGCAGCUUUUUACAAGUAAGCUCUACUUUUUGCUAUAGUACAUACAGGCAUGAGAUUCUACCACAUUUUUAAUGGUGUUGAAAGGAAGAAUUUAGUCCAAUAAAAGAAUGCAAUCAAUUUUCUGUUGUAGCAGAGUACAUAAGAGUUAUGUACAAAUUUCACACCAAAAUAGAGGGCUUUUAAGAAGCAUCUAGUAAAAGAGCCCAAACAACAACAAAAUAUUGUAGCCUUUUUUAAAAACCUGUUAAAGCUCUCAGGUUACUUAUCAUAGAGCCAACAUUCACUGAGGUGCCACUCAGGAGAUCCCCUGAGCAUGCAACAGAAAUCAAAUCCACGAGAUUUUAUUCAAGUUGUAUAACGUGCUUAUAUGUGUUUUGAAUAUGAAUGCUUAUGAAAUGUCAUGAAAACUCUUUGAUAAAUCAAGCUCUCUCUAUUCAGCACCACCUUAUAACAAAGAAGUAAAAUACGAUAUCACUCAGCAAAUAACUUGGAAUGAAGAACUCACAGACAAGUUACAAAGAUACAAAACUCACCAAAUAUAUUAUUAGCUGUAGAUUACUCACACUGUCCACAGCACACACAAAAGCCUCAUCCAUUUCACUUAGCAUUAUGUGCAACAUAUGCAAAACUGUUACGUCUGUAUGUUAUUCAGAAUGUCUAUAAAGUUGUCAGAAAUUAACUGAGAAGAAUUUAAAGGAAAGCUCUGACCUGAUUUUGCCAUAGGUGUACACAGCACUUUACAACAGUAACAGAGGAAUGAAGAUGCUACCCUAAAAGGUUUGCAGUUUCAUGUCAUAUUGUUAGUCUUAUUCACAGAUGCAGCACUACCAUUUUGAAAGAAACUACUUGUAAGUAAGGUAAAGUGUGCCUGGCCUUCAAGUCACUAGCAGGAGCCAUCUCAAACAAAUCUAUUUCAGAUCUAAAGGUGAAGCUAUACAACAGACAGCCUAGGAGUUACUGUUAAUCAACAGGAGCUUGUGUACCCUUCAUAAAUAAAAAAAAAAAAUCAGUAACUUUUAUAAAAAUACUGAAUCUCUUGCAGCAUAAUUAAGAUUUAUCCUUCCCUAGUUGAUCUAGUUCUGUUAAAGUUGCUCUUGCUUCCUGUCAGACUCAGAACUCCAGCUAAACAAGGUACAACUGACUGCAUAAGUGAAUAUAUAACACAGUAAUUGCAUUAAGUUCAGCUUUUCUUACCCGAGCCCCAGAAUAUGCUUGUUUAUGAACAGAAAGGAGGCUGGAAUUCAUCCCCAGCCCUCGGGUAAGUCAGACAGCAUAGAUGCCACUCUAUCAGGAACACACUUAGUAAUAAUUUGAACCCACAGGCUGCAAUCACUUCUGCUAUCCCUCUGCACUGUGCAGUAAUUUGGGGUUUCUGAAUCCACAACCGAAUGGAUUUGGUUGCCUUACUUCUGCUGAUGCUUCUGUGGCCUUGGGUUAGUAACCAAGAGGACAGCAAGGCUCCCAGUCCAGAUACCUCAGGGCUCAAGUAGCAUGGUAGCCUUGAAUUUCUCCUACUACAAGUAGACUGCAUUAACGACUGCAAGGUACACCUUGAAAAUAGUAUCUGAAAAAGUGUAUUUCCUGCCAUUUAUAAAUAGAUAGAUCUUGAACAGAAAUGUAAAUGCUCUUCUUGAAACUGAUGUACAUAUUUCUAAGGCAUUUUCUUCUGUAUUCAGCUGUAUAUAUGUGUAAGUCUGCUUGCUAUGUAGCAGUCUGUUAUGCAUGGAGCUGAGUGAGGCAUAUUUGUCCAGUGUUUCAAGAGCCUUAAGCAUGUGUGCCCUAACUUUUGAAUGUACAAGAUAUUUUUUCUUUUGCUGUCAAGUGAAUUUAAUGCAACACAACAAUAGCCUAAUUUUCUACUUCUAUUAAUUUUCUGAUAUUAAAUUUCACUAGCUUGUUACACUUCAGAUUUAUUAUUUUCUCUUUGCUCAGAAAUUUCAGUAUUGCAACCUGCAGAUAGAAAAGGAGCAAUACAUCUACUCACAGGGACUGCUGUCCCUUCCACUCAGUAGUAUUUUUGCCACAUGGAAUACUGUUAACAAACAAGUAUUUGCAAUAGACUUCCUUUAAUCAAAGGAACAAUCAAAGAAAUAUUUACAUUACCUUAAAGGUCAUUUUGUUUCACUGAGCAUGGGACAAAUGACAACUUAGUUAGACAUCCUGGCUUCCAGUCACAUCAAAAGUGUGACUAUAAUCAUAUUUUGAUUCCAAAAUGUACAUGAACAAGGCACAUUGAGCAAAGCAGGUUGAGGGAGAAGUGCCUCUCUUUCGGAGGAGUUUUUCCACAAAAGCUUUUCUUCUUUUUUUGCUAAACCCAUGAGAAUAUUUGAACAGAAGUCUCAAGGUUCAUUUUCCAUUUUUCCUAACAAUAAUAAGUAUCAAUUUUGAUUCUUUAUUGGGAUUUUUUUGUCUUUCCAAUGUAGAUGGCAAUGGCAAUUUGUAAAUGAAGAGUGUAAUUAACUAGAAAAGCUUGUCAACAGUAACCAAAUUUUAGGUGUAUCAUUAUAUAUGACUGGCUGUACUUAUGUAUUUAUUUGUCUAAAUUGUAUAUAUUGUUUUAUCUAUAGUGUCUGUAGGAGUGUAUUCUUUUAGAUUAAUGUAUUAUUUACAGUUUUGUGGGGUUGCCAGCAAAGCUGCUAAUCAAGAUACUAUUUUUUGUAUCAAUGUCAAAAAUAAAAAAAAAUUUAACAAAAACAAAAUGACAAAAUCAAGUGAAAAAUUAAAGAUGUCCUGUAAGUUUUCUUCUUCGCUUCUUUCUAGAAAUGUAAAUGGUAUUAUCUGAAAACACAGUAUCAGUGAAUAGGCUCAUUUGUCAUAAGGAAGAAUAUUGUGCUGUAAAAGCAGAUUUUAAAAUAAUAAUUGAAAAAAUAAAAAA